AUGAUUGUGGACUUCAGGAAGAGCACUGUCCCCCCACCCCCACCCUCCGUGAUGGACUCCCCCAUCACCUCUGUGGAGUCCUUCCGUUUCCUGGGCACCACCAUCACCCAGGACCUCAAGUGGGAGCCGACCAUCAGCUCCCUCAUCAAGAAGGCCCAGCAGAGGAUGUACUUCCUGCGGCAGCUCAGGAAAGCCAAGCUGCCUGCACAGAUGUUGGUGCAGUUCUACACGGCCAUCAUCGAGUCCAUCCUCACCUCCUCCAUCACCUCCUCCAUCGCCUCCUCCAUCACCUCCUCCAUCACCUCCUCCAGCACCUCCUCCAUCACCUCCUCCUUCACCUCCUCAUCACCUCCUCCAUCACCUCCUCCAUCACCUCCUCCAUCACCUCCUCCGUCACCGUGUGGUUCGCUGGAGCCAGAGUCAGGGACAAACAGGGACUACAGCGCAUUGUGCGCUCUGCAGAGGAAGUGA